UGAUUAAUAAUUUCUUAUAUAUAUAUAAUAAUAAUUCAGCGACACGAUAGCCUCGACAUCGUAUCGAAUUAAAAAAACGAAAAAAUUAAUCCGCCUGAUCAUUAAUGAUAAACACCAUACACGUCGGAGGAACAAGAUUAAUACGAUUUUACAAAAUCAUAUUCGGGGAUGAUGAUGUCGAGUGUUUUCGAGCGCCACCUAGAUAAUUCGCGUUUGCUGUUUAUUUCGACGACGAUCAAACAACUCGUUGCUUUCACGGUUAUCGAAUUAAUUUAUGGGAUAAUAUUUUAUUAUAACAUUAAUUUAUUUUUUGCGUGAGUUUGUCUCGUAAUCUCGUUAACCGAAAUAUACGUACAUACGUACAUAGAUUUUUUGGCUGACGUUUGAAACAUCGAACGAUUAAGCGAAUCGAGAUAUAAUAUUAUACUUAAGAGGAGGUAAAUCCUCCGCGUAUAUGUGCUUUUCAAUCGAUUGCAAGUAAGCUAGAUGUAAUUUAAAAAAUGUAACAUAGCGAUUGAAAGAAAAUGUUAUUUUAUCGGAAAGGAGCACCGAACGAAAUGAAAUGGCUGCGUCGCUCUUGAAAAUGUAUAGUAGUUCCAUCCGCAAAUGCCUCAAACAUGUUUCGAAAUACUGUCGAAUUGGAAGCAGAAGAGCAACUUUUCAUUGUACGGCAAAAAAUUUGGGAGUAAAAUGCAGCGAUAAACCAUUUUUCACAACUCGUUUAGCUCUACCUCCCGAUUACGAGAACGUAGCAGAUUUCAUGUGCGAAGCAUACUAUAAAUACGAACCGGUAGUCAUCAACAUUGGUCUCGGAGGUACAGAGGCCCCACCUAUUUGGAGACGUAUGAUGCUAGAGCAAGUAAAGGCCGGAUACUCGAUCAUCGCUGAGAAUCGAGAAAACUGUAUAAUUGGUGCUGCCUUAAAUUGUAUAACGGACCAUAACGAACUGAAAAUGUUAUGUAAAUUGGCAAGAUGCUGCGAGGACGGACCUAUUCGCGAUCUUAUCGAAUUUUUCGCCUUCGUACUCGAAGCACCCAGAGUUUGGGAACGUUUUCCCGUAAGACUUAUCUUCGAGCAAUGCAGUUUAGCAGUAAGUUGCGAGUAUCAAGGUUUAGGAAUCGCCAAAAGAUUGAUCCAAGAAAGCUGGCACUUGGCACGCGAUUGUGGCUACCGAUUGUUCAGACUAGAUUGCAAUAGCAGUUAUUGUGCAAAGAUAGCCCAAGGUUUUGGAUGGCCAAUGAUCUGGGAUAUGCCAUUCGAUCAAUAUCUCAAAAAUGGUAAAGUUAUCUUCAACCAUGUUAAGGAACCACAUACUACGUGUCGCGUCUUCGUUGAUCGUUUACGAUAUUGUAAAACCUACUGUCUCCCUUAUAAGGAUUGUAAAACAACAACAUCUGCUCCGUUCCCAGAAAAGUAAAAUAAAUGGUCUUACUUUCUUGUGUUUGUCAAUUAUUAAAAUUGUUAAUAUUCGUCGAAGAUGAUAAUCGAUCCCCGGUCUUUUUAUAUUUAAUCCUGCUACGUUCUGUGGAUUAUUUUAGGUUCAAUAAUGUUUCUUUCUUGACAAAUCUCUUAAGUUUGCAGAAAGUAUAAAAGACUGAUUGUUUGGAUUACUUGACUUCUCGUGUUCAGAAUUUAUAAAUAUAAUUAGAGAAAAGAU